AUGAAUCCCUUUCAUCUUUUUCGUGGUGCGGCACCCGCGGACACGUGGUUUCCGGUCGGACGCCUGUCCUCGUUUCCCGAAGUCGGCGAGGAUGACGAGGAUCUCGUCCACCCACGCGACUGCAGCGCCACGGCCAAACCGGGCUGCAAAGUCUUCAAUGUGCCAAAGGAGGAUCUGUCCAAACGAACCGAGGUGUUGAUCACUCCCGAUGGCCUCGGUCUCGUGGAUGAGGAAGGGCAGGCCCUGCAGGACCAGGUGUUGAUUUUCAAGCACAGGGGCAAGAUGCACGCCAUAGACCACAAAUGCCCUCAUUCAUCGUUCCCGCUAUCACGAGGCAUCCCCUUUGACAUCGAGGACUUUGGCGUCGUCCUCAGCGCAGGCAUUACGUGUCCCAAACAUAGCUGGUCGUUCGAUCUAUUCACGGGAAACGCAGAUCGCGGAGGCUAUAAGCUGCCGAUAUGGGAGGUCGAGCUAAGGGACGUCAAGGCCUCUGACCCAGGUUCUGAUGAGCCACACGAUAAGGAAGUUUGGGUCCGAAGGAAAGAGAAGAAGCGAAUCGGCUAA